AUCUUAAUAUAUAAUGUUCUUUCAUUUGUGUUUGCCUCUGCUACAGUUUGACUUCUAUUCAUGGAUACCUAAUGGCCCACCCACCAUGAAAAGACCCCCACCCAGCGCCAAAGGUGUCACUACAAUGAAGACUAUUUUGGAGGCAUUGCCUGAUGUGAACAGUUCAACUGUUGGCAUAAGUGCUGUGUGGGUUCUCAGCAAUGAGCCCAUGGAUAGGAGGCGUCUAGGAUAUUACCCUGAUGAACGUUUUACAGAGAAGACCCCACAACAGUUCAUUAAGAAGUUCCAGGAUCAACUGUCUGAGAUCUCCAAAUGCAUCCAGGAGAGGAACAAGACCAUGUGCCUGCCCUAUCCCUACCUGGACCCAAGUCAG